AUGAACACAUCUCGGCCGCCAUCGCUAGCCACGAUCGGCAUCGCGAUCCGCGAGGUUCACUUUGAGAACAACGAAGACUACGCCAAGGUCUUUAUCACGCUGCGGAACGGCACGGACAGCAGCAGCCGCAGCAGUACGGUGGUCGAUAUCGACGCACUGAUCUACCAGAACAUCUCGUCCGGUCUGCAGCUGCGAAUGGAUCUGACUGCCCGGGAGGCCGGUUCCGACCAUCAGUAUCUAACGCUGCUCGAGUCAACCUUUGAUGUCUGCGCGCGGGACAGCUCCGAUGACUUGCUCGUGUCGAUGAUGAUGGACGGAAUGAACCAGUACGGAAACCUGACCAUUGAGUGCCCCUUUGAAACGGGUAAUUACGCGGUUCGUAACUUCCACAUAGAUACGAACAACACGCUGAUUAGACUGGCACCUCCCGGGGAGUACCGCGUGGGAAUCGAUGUUAAGCACCAGGCGGCAAACAGAUCGGUGCUUGUUCCAGUGUUUGGUAUUGAGUUUUAUGCAACCAUUUUUGUAAUUGAUCAUUAA